UUCAUUUUCUCCUUACUGUACUUUUUUUAAAAAAAAAGAAAAAUAGAAAUUUUUGAUUUUGUUAAUUUUUAUCUUGUAUUCUUUUAAUUCAUCUUUCAUUAUGUCAGAUAAACAUACAAAUUGUACAAUUGAUCAAUUAAUCGAUGAAGUUAUUGAACAAGUAGACCUAAAUCUAUCUUAUCCAGAUAAAUACAAGUGGGUUUUAGAUAAUACAAAACACUUGGAUAAUUUGAUCACCCGCAAGAAAGUUAGUGUCCGUUUGAGGCGUUUUGAACAGAAUGCUCAGAAUGUUCAGAAUGCUCAAGCUGCUCAAAAUGCUCAGAAUGUUCAGAAUACUCAAGCUGCUCAGAAUGCUCAGAAUGUUCAGAAUGUUCAAGCUGCUCAGAACGCUCAGAAUGUUCAGAAUACUCAAGCUGCUCAAAAUGCUCAGAAUGUUCAGAAUGUUCAAGCUGCUCAGAACGCUCAGAAUGUUCAGAAUGCUCAAGCUGCUCAAAAUGCUCAGAAUGUUCAGAAUGUUCAAGCUGCUCAGAACGCUCAGAAUGUUCAGAAUGCUCAAGCUGCUCAAAAUGCUCAGAAUGUUCAGGCGGCUCAGAAUGCUCAGGCUAGUUAG